AUGGCGUACAGGAAAACAGCUAUAGAGGCUCCUGACUACACUUAUAUUCCUGGAGGUCUGAAUGUUGGAGCACAGAUCAUUGUUAGAGGAAGAGUUGCAUUUGAUCAGGAGAGGUUCCACAUCAACCUGCAAAAUGAUCAGGUGGAAGGAUGUGAUGUUGCCUUCCACUUCAAUCCACGCACGGAAGCCCAGACUGUUGUGCGCAAUUCAUUUUCAGGAUGUUGGCAGCAGGAGGAACGCAACAUUCCCUACUUUCCAUUUGCCAAGGGUUCUAAGUUCACAGUGAGAAUCUACUACUUCAUUGAAUACAGGCACCGCCUGCCAUUUCAAAAUGUUCGAUACUUAAAACUGAGUGAAGGGGCUGAGUAUUAUGAAUCAACUAUUCAGAAUCCUUGUGUAAGUAACAAAUUUGCAAUCAACUUUAACUCUGACAUCGAUGGAAACGUUGUGGGAGUUUUGCAUUUUAAACCGAGGAAAACAGGACUCAGCAGGACGAGAAGAGGGCAAGGAUGGUUUCCGUUUCCCAGGGGAGAGUACUUUGAUGUUGUUCACUUCAAUACACGUUCCGCAUUCCCACCAGAACAAAUCUAUUUUUUGAACAUCUAUGGGGAUCCCAAUGAUUACAUCAAACAAAUUCCAUCAGGUCUAGAAAAAAAUGAUCUGAUUGCUGUGAAGGGAUUCUUUUAUCCUGAAGGGAACACUUUUGCAGUUAACUUGAUCAAUGGAACUUCCCUUGGAAAUGAUAUUGCUCUUCACUUCAAUCCUCGUCGCAAUCAAGACACAGUUGUCAUUAACAACCAAAGAAAUGGAUGUUGGAAAAAAGAGGAGAGGCAUCCUCUGCCCAGUCAGUUUCAACAGAAGCUACCCUUUGAGGUGGAGAUUGUGAACAAGGGUAAAAAGUUCAAGAUCUAUGUUAAUGGACACCGCUUUGCAAGCUUUAAGGCAAGAGGAGAUGUGGAAGAUAUCAAAGGCAUCAAUGUACAGGGUGAAGCCUACAUUUAUGAAGUCAAACUGCUGAGGAGGCUA